CUUGUAUAUUAUUCUACAAUCUUGCAUAUUAUUCAAAAAUAUUGUUUAUCAUUCUUCAGUCUUACAUACUCUUCUACAAUCUUGUAUAUUAUUCUUCAAUCUUGUAUCCUAUUCUUCAAUAUUGUACAUUGUUCUUUAGUAUUGUAUACUAUUCUAAAAUGUUGUAUAUCAUUAUUCUUCAAUCUUGUAUGCUAUUGUACAUUGUACAAUCUUGUAUAUCAUUCUUCAAUUUUGUAUCUUAUUCUUCAAUAUUGUACAUUGUUCUUUAGUAUAGCCUACUAUUCUAAAAUGUUGUAUAUUAUUCUUCAAUCUUGUAUACUAUUGUACAAUCUUGUAUAUUAUUCUACAAUCUUGCAUAUUAUUCAAAGAUAUUGUUUAUCAUUCUUCAAUCUUGUAUACUCUUCUACAAUCUUGUAUAUUAUUCUUCAAUCUUGUAUCUUAUUCUUCAAUAUUGUACAUUGUUCUUUAGUAUUGCAUACUAUUCUAAAUGUUGUAUAUUAUUCUUCAAUCUUGUAUGCUAUUGUACAUUGUACAAUCUUGUAUAUUGUUCUACAAUCUUGUAUACUAUUGUACAAUCUUGUAUACUAUUGUACAAUCUUGUAUACUAUUGUACAAUCUUGUAUACUUUUGUACAAUCUUGUAUACUAUUGUACAAUCUUGUAUACUAUUGUACAAUCUUGUAUGCUAUUGUACAUUGUACAAUCUUGUAUAUUGUUCUACAAUCUUGUAUACUAUUGUACAAUCUUGUAUAUUAUUCUACAAUCUUGCAUACUCUUCUACAAUCUUGUAUAUUAUUUUACAAUCUUAUCAUUUUAUUCUACAGUCUUGUAUAUCAUUCUACAGUCUUGUAUAUCAUUCUACAGUCUUGUAUAUCAU